CAUCGGGAUAUAAAACCGGACAAUAUCUUGCUCACCAAAGAAGGAUGCGUUAAGCUCAUCGAUUUUGGCGUUGCGUACCAACCCCCCACAUCAGGCUACAGACCCCCUGAACUCCUCUUCUCCUCCCGCUCAUAUGAUCCUCAAGCACUAGAUCUAUGGAGCUUCGGAGCGACGUUUGCAGAGUUCUUCACGCCCCUCCGAUUAAUCAGUGACGAU